CGAGAUUAUCGUUUAGGAAAACAUUUUUGUGCUGGUUACGACUUAACCGAAGUGAGCAAUUUCGAACGCAUCAAAACGGAUUCGUCUUCAUCCAAAACAUUCCGCUACAUGGGACCUUCGAUCAUGAAACUGGAAAAGCCACUGAUUGCUGCCAUUGAGGGUUACGCAGUGGCCGGUGGAUUGGAGUUGUCUUUGAUGGCUGACUUGAGGGUAUGCGGUCGCUCAGCAACGUUUGGUGUUUUCUGCAGACGAGUAGGGGUCCCACUGAUCGAUGGAGGAACUGUACGCCUCCCACGAAUUAUCGGCUUGGGCAGAGCUCUCGAUAUGAUACUAACAGGACGGGCUGUUACGUCUGACGAAGCUCUCCAAUGGGGACUGGUGACGAAAGUUGUGGAUGAUGGCGAAGCCUUAAAUUCUGCAACUCAGUUAGCGAAGCAGAUCCUAAGUAGUCCAUAUAGCUGCAUGCUUGCCGAUCGACGUUCAGCGUUGGAGUCAUUCGACUUACCCACUGAAGAGGCGCUUGCUUUUGAAUUCAACAGCUGCUCAGUGAUUCCUGAAGCAAUCGUAGGUGCAAGAAAGUUUCUGCUGGAUAACCAAAAGAAGAAGUCGAAGAUUUGA